GCGCGCUUAGUCUUUCUUUCUCUUCAAUCAUCUUCAGCACACAGGUGAUAGCUCAUUUAGCCUCUAUCUUCACGAAUAUAUCUUUUAUAAUGAUACCUAACGUCGGGGAAAUCAUUGCAGACAGCGAGGAAGAAGAUGAAAUGUCUAUUCCGGAUAGCGGUCUCAGGACCGAUACCACAAAGACCGUCGAUGUUAUGACCUCUGCUACAUAUGCAGUAAAGAAUUCCGAUUCGAUUUCCUCAUUCACUCCACAACAACAACAACUCUCGCAACCACCCAUAGCGAUCCUGGUCUCAGCAUCGGAGAUGCAAUCUACGAUACAGACAGAAUCCUCUACAACGAAGGCUCGUACAGCAAAGAAGAAAACUGGGGCAGGGCUCACUGCAGAUCCUAUUCAAUCAACGAGCACGACUCCCAACGGUUCCUCCCGGCCAAAACCACGACAACCGCGAAGAAAAGCCAACAGAAAUACAGCCAUGGAAGGGGGCAUACAACAAACAGCGGCCGCAGGACCAUCUAGCAUCAGUAACCCCGACUCUUCACCCUCCAGAAAGCCACCGUUGAUGAUCGACGACAUCGAAAGUUUCUCACUCGGCGUCGCGGAACGUGCCAAGCUUCAAUCGCGGACUCGUACCUCGAAAUCAACGGCUUCAGCACCUCCGCCAGACGAUGUGAUCAUACUUACAUCUGAUGAUGAUGAAAUUCUCCUACAACCCGCUCCAAAAGUCAAGCCAAAGCCCAGAAAGGCCCCGCAGAAACGAGCUGCCGAACCCCGCGAUUUGUUUGACCCUCUUCCUGAUUCCACACCCAUGUUUCUUCUUCCAGAACCGACCUCAGAUCCUAACGUCAGCUUUGGUUCGCAACUCCCUCCUUCGGAUCCGCCGCAGUCUUCCGGAACUGAGCCACUCAAGUCUACUCCGAUUGAUCUGCUUGCUCUUCACAAUGAACGCGAACCCUCCCCACCGCCUUCACCCAUGCCUGCUAUGCGUAAAGGAAAACGAACUGCUAUGUCCAUGGCAGGUUUGGACGAUGAGGACGACGACAUCAGACUUAGAAGCCCGCAUAUAACUGCCGACAAUGACGAUGAACUAAUGCCGCCACCUCCCCCACCUUUCUUCGCACCAUCGUCCUCCUCUUCAGCUGUCCCGCCUUCCGACGUUACAACGUCGACUAAUAACUCAAAUAAGCGGAAACGCAAGCCCAAAGACGACGGCGGCAGCGCCGCUAUUGAAGGCAGCCCACCAAAGAAAGCUAGAGGGAGGAAGAAGAAGGCGGAUGAUGACGAAGAAGAUUGGAACGGCGACGAUGAGCCUCCCAAGAAAGCCAAAGCGAAGCCGAAACCGAAGACGAAGCGUCAGACUAAGAAGACUAUGGUGGUGGAGGUCCCAAGGGCUAAGCAUAGUCCUGUGAAGGCUAUCGCUUCUGGCAAUGCAAUGGAUCCGCCAGUCAAUGAUGAAAGCCCCACGACCGGUGGUAAGGAAGAACGUGUUAUACCGCCUGAGCCUCCCAAGAACAAUGUGACGGCGAUAGAAUCGGAGCUCUCAUCAUUGGAGUCUGAUUUGGAUAAUGCAAAGGCGUCGAGUUCAAAUGCCACGAAGAAGGCAUCGCCUAAGAGGCGGACUGCGACGCGUGCUCCAAGGGAAGACAACAUGGACAGUGAGUCGAGGCCUAAAGGCAAAGGCAAAGGCAAACGACGUGCUGUAGUAGACUCUGAAGAAGAAGGUGAUGAUACCGAAGCCAUUAUUCUGCCGCCAUCUCCGAAACGUAGCAAGGUGAAAGGGAAACAGAUUGCUCAGGCCCCAACAGGGCCGGAACCUGAUAAAGACGAGGAGUCGCCACCACAGGAGAAUCACGAACUAGGUGUGUCACACAAAUUGGACGAAACCCCACAAACACCAGCAUAUCGCCGCGCGACUGCUCCGCCAUCGUCAGCAACGAGCAACUCAUCACGAUUGUACUCGAUCCCUAAAAAAUCUACACCGAUGUCUGAACUCAUUCGCAAAGUCAACUCCAUUCCCGGAUCACCCUUUGCUUCUACACGUCCCACUCACUCGCCUUAUAUGAAGGCUUCUCGCAGCUUGCUGAGGAAAAUCGCACCUUUGCAUCCACAUCGUCGGACACCGCCACCUCCUCCGCCUCGUCUACCGCCGCCGAAGAAGACUAAGAAACAACUUGAGCUGGAGGAGAAAUGGGAGAUGGAACUUGAAGAUAGCGUGGAAGGUUGGUAUUGUCUGACUGAGGAAGAACGCGCAGCUCUGCGACGCGCCAAGAGGAUGGCGGAAAUGGGUUUCGACGAUUAACAAACUGAUUGGACUUGAUAACGAUUUCGUGGACUUCGAUAUUUUACGUUGGAGAAUGGUGGUAGUAUUGACUGGGACUUCUGAUUACAAUGUGCUACUAGGAAUAGUGAUUAGAUCAUACCUAAAUACUUGUCUAUCUACGAACCACCCCGAUCGCUGGCUUAAGUCCAGUCUUCAAGUCUCCCAAUUUCACUGGCAAGACAUCACCAAUUUGGACCUCCUC